CCCGACACCUUAAAUUUAAUUUUGAUUUGAUAUCCUCCAGCGAACCUCAUCUCUCUCCCGGAGAAAAAACCCUAGAGAAGCUCCGAGAUAGCUCUACGCCAUGGGGGACUUGAACGAUCCAUUCAUGCGUAACCAAAACGCCGCCGUUCAGGCCCGCACUAAGGCUCAGAACCGAUCUAAUGUUCUUCAGCUCAAACUGAUGGGUCAGAGCCACCCAACUGGCUUAACACCCACACUCUUGAAACUCUUUGAGCCACGACCGCCAUUGGAGUUCCAGCCACCACCGGAGAAAAGAAAAUGCCCUCCUUAUACAGGCAUGGCUCAAUUUGUGAGUCGCUUUGCUGAACCUGGAGAACCAGAGUAUGCUCCACCUAAGCCGGAAGUUGAAACACCUGUAUGUUUCACCCUCAAUCCGCACAAAAAAGGGAGAGAAUUCAUAAAUCCAGACUGGAGAAAGGAGUUGAAAAGGCUGCAGAGGAGCUCAAGAAAUAUGAUCCAAAUAAUGAUCCGAAUGCUUCUGGAGAUCCUUACAAGACAUUGUUCGUUGCAAGACUUGUAA